AUGGCUCGACCUCGAAUCAAGUUGGUGUCGCGCGCCGCCUUCUUGCGUGAUGGCCGUUUCUCGGCCAGUACGCGACGCGCUGUCGUCAAAUCAAUGGAAGCUUAUGGCAGCCAGCUUGGUACUCUGUACUACCUGAUGGGUCUGGAACAAUUACUGGAAUACAAACGAGCUGGGCAUCCCGUCGAAUCAAUCAAGCGUGCUAUCGCGGUGCUCCUACUGAUCGCCACCCAGAUACAAGAACACUUCGCCAAUGUCGUCAUGCGCCCUGCAUACAGAAUUACAGAAGCUGGAACACCGCACGUCAAUUUCGAUCGCUUCCCCGAGUCAGCAUGGUCUCAAUGUUUUGGUAUGGCCGAUGCCGGUCAAUUUACGCGCUUGGCCACGGCUCUUUCCUCUCGAGUGCGCAGCAAAUUUCCAGUUCCACUGAAGGAGGCCCUUCUGGCGUUCCUUGCCUUGUUUCAUCGGUCAUCGCGACUGAGCGAUGUCAUACGUCUACUUGGAGUAUCUUGGACAGUACCCAAAAUGUCGCAGGUUAUUAAUACAUUUGCAGUCGCUGUUGCUCGGAUGUUUCAAGCGCAGUUGGCUUUUGAUGUGCGCUACUUUCUACCCGACUGGACGGAAGCUGCAGCCUCAGCCGUUGCGGCAAAACAUUCGCCUCUAGCGGGGAUCUGUGCCUUUAUUGAUGGCACAGGCCAGCCCAUAGCGCGUCCAAAAGGUAAUGACGUCCAGCGCGCGUUUUAUGCCGGCAAGGAUGCGGUACGUGCCCUGUCGGUUGAAUGGCACAGUUGA